ACACAUUCAUUACAUUACACCAACGAUAGCGACUUUAAACUAGAGCUCUCGCAAACGCAUCAACAUAAAAAAAACAGUGUGUUUCAGUGUGCGAUUGUUUGCAUUUUGGUCGAAACUAGACUUGCUCUGUCUGAGUCUGGUAUCCUUUCGAAAGUGCUGAACACCCAACAGACGGCUUACGCACGAGUCAUCCAGUUGGCCCCAUAUCAUUGAACCCUUUUUCCGUCUGCAGCGCGUGAUAAUCUCGGAAGCAAGUGGAAGUGACAUUACGUGUGAAGUGACAGUGUCCUUGAGGAAGCAAGAACGAGAAGAAACCAGUUCCUACCCCCAGAAUGAUGGACCCCGAUGAAAAUGAUCUGAUCGAUAAACUAAUUUCCCCAACGGGAUCGUUCGGCACCGGUGCCCAGCAGAAGGUAAUCGUGCAACGGAAUUCGCCAAUUCUAUUCCCCGGAGGGACACCAUUGACCAUCAAUGCUACGAGUUCGCUGUUAGUGCCAAAUUCGGUGCCCCUGGCCGUGGCUCCACAGCAACUGUCAUUUGCCACGGCAUCAGCAGGAAUAGAUGGUGGAGGUGGCCCUGGAGUGGAUUCCACUUCGGUAAUUGUGCUCAACAAGGACACUCCACUUCCACCGGGAGCAUUCCCCAUCAACGUCAUGGCAGCUGAUCCCCAACAGCAGCAGCAGUUUGUCCAUGGUGGUGGUGGUGGUGGUUUGCAGAAAGUCAUCGUCGCCGCCAAUCCCGGAACGAGUGGAACCGUAGCUGGCCACGGCGGAGUGCAGAUUGUUUCAGCGGGUACCAUGAAGGCGUUCCAACAGAAGUUGCACACACCUGGCUUCAAAGUUCAAAUUGGAAAUACGAACAUCAUGUCACUGCAGCAGAAAAUAAUUGCGCCAAUGAGUCAUCAAGCUCCCCAGGGACCGCCAUCCAUGACAAUGAUCCAGCCAAGUUCUCUUGCUAUGCCCGGAACCGCCGAUCUUAAGCGUCUUCCAUCGUCCAUCAAGAUCCUGAAACCCAUUGCCCCAAAACCGGUAAUUGCUAACUACGCCAAUACAGUGAUCAAACCUGCCCAGGAAAGCACUAUCCAAACACCUUCGCCAAACGCGUCCAGUGUUUGUCAUCAUGUGCUUCCAUUCGGGACAACCAUCAAAGUCACUGCCGGAAAUGAACAACUCCCGCUUGCCAUUUCCAAACCCCAGCAAAUCAUCCAACCGCCCUCUUUGAUCCAACAACAGGCGCAAUUUCAGCCACAACAACCCCAGCACCCUCAAAUGCAACCAAUUCAACAGCAGCCACAAUCCCCAUCUACAUCAACUCUUCUUAAACAAAUCCGGCCGCUUUCGCCGGCCACGAUGGCUACCCAGCCAAACACCGUACUAUCAUCACCAACCCAAAAUAAAGUCAUCAUCAACAAAAUUAUCUACAAAACUCCGGAAAGCCAUCUUGGACCAGGUCCAACUGCCGGACAACCGCGGAUCGUUGCCGCAACGCCGCCCCUCUCACCAGUUUCAAUCCCAGAUCUGAAACGCAAGAUCAUCAUCGCCAACAAUUCCAACCGUACGCGGCUACCAUCUCCAGGCCAGUCACAGUCGUCGAUUCCACAACGGUCGACUACAAUCCAACCCGCUCAAACCCAGAUCUUCGUUCAGGCAGCCAAUCCUACAUUGCCACUAGCACCGGCACUUGCAGCAGCUAGAACUACCAUCGAUAACAUUCCAACUACCAUGCAAGCGGUCAUUUCCACCUGCAGCAGUAGCAAUAUAACCGUAACACCGAUGAUGGUUGAUCCUACUCCACCGAUGUUCCCUUCAUUUCAAGAAGAGAAAGCUCAAUCCACGGUUGAUACGCCCACCAAACAACCGGAUGAUCUUCCCGAAUCGUCUGAACCAUCGUUCCAUAGCUCGUUUGAGGAGUUUAGCAAAACUAUAUCACAAAGCAGUUCCCAGGUGGACGCAUCGGAAACGGAAGUUUCCUCGACAACAACCGAACAGAUGACGGCAGGCGCGGAAGAUCAGGAACCCAAGGAAGAUUCGAACGACGAAGAGGCAGAAGCGGAGGAAAUUGAGCAGGAAAUGUUGGACAGCUCGCAAGGUUCGGCACGAUCCAAUACCAUUAGUAGUGAGAAGAUCGAAAAAGAUGAAAACGAAGAAAAGAACAUCGAGCCACAUGUACAAGAGCUGCCAGAAGGUAUGAAGACUCCAACGAAGAAACGUGAUGAAGAAUCCACACCGGAGGAUAUUUUGAGUGAACAACUCAAAAGUCCUCGGCUUCAUAAAAGAGCCAACUCAGACGUGCAGCAGCAUUCAAGUCCAGUUCGCGCUCGACGGCUUUCCGAACCAACCAAACCUGAUGAUCCGCCAAAAGAGAAUGAAGAGGAUGUGCCCCCGAUGCCGAAGCCUUUGGCAAUCAUCAAAAAGACCCGAAACCGAAGAUCCGUCAGCCGAAGAAGCAGGUCGUCCAAGUCAUCAAUCCACUCGUCGCUUCUUUGUAACGAAAAGUUAGAAACGGAGUCGGAUGAAAGUCGCAGUGUCAAAACUUCGGCAUCUAGUCUGCAUACGAUCAGUCCCCCGAAGAAGGAAGACACUUCGGAUUCACCACCGGCGUACGAUCAGGAUAAGCUCCAAGCGGCGAUCGAGGGCUACAAGAAGAGGCAAGCUAUGGUUAAGUCAAGCCGCGAGAAGAGCCGUUCCGAGUCACGAUCGGUAGUGGAUCGCGAAGAAAAAGAGGAGAAAGAUUUCAUCGAAGGAGAUUUCGGUUCCACACCGUCGGAUCUCAUCAAAUGGAACGAUGGAAUCGGAUAUAUGCGGAGCAGUUUCUUGCAUUUCCAGUUCAACCAGUUUGGAUUGGUGGAACCGAUGGAUAUCAAGGAGUACCUGAAACACGUAAACACGAAUGUAUACGAUUCGCUCAAGGAUCCAGUUGGAAGUCGACCGUCCGCAAAGGCAGCUAGGAAGAAACGUAAAACGCCAAGUACGGAAGGAUCAUACCACUGCAAGGGUUGUCGAGGUCGUGGCACUGCUGGGGACUUCGCCACCCCUGAUUACUGUUCAAUAGCUUGUAUGAAGAAAACCAAAAAUGAACCCCUAUUGUCGAGUAUUGCCUAUUCGAAGUCUCUUCAGCGUAAAGGCAUCGGAUCUUCCGAGUCGUCAACAUCCAACACCACGCCAUUCCCUACGAGCGACGACGACUCUCUGGGAAGCUCGCUUAACUUUGCCAAUGCCUUUAAAGAGAAGAGCAUUUUCCCGCCCAAAGAAAGUAGCACUCCCAGGCCAACGGUUCAGGAAGCACCCCCGAUUCAAGAGCUGAACCAACCAAAAUUCUCCUGGGAAACUUACCUGGCCAAGACCCAAGGCACGCCCUCGCCGUUGGAUUUGUUCACGAACCCUUACCCGAGUGGACUGAACCGAUUCCGCAUCGGUAUGAAGCUGGAAGCAAUCGAUCCGGAAAACAAUUCUCUGUUCUGUGUGUGCAGCAUCGUGGACGUUCGAGGCUACCGGUUGAAGCUGACUUUCGAUGGCUAUUCGCGCGAUUACGACUUUUGGGUGAAUGCCGAUUCGUUGGAUAUUUUCCCGGCCGGUUGGUGCCAGAAGACGAAUCGUAUUUUGCAGCCUCCCAACGGGUACGACAGUGAUUUUAGUUGGAUCAAGUAUCUCAGCGAGAAGCAGGCAACGCCAGCCCCGAGGCAUUUGUUCAAACAUCUCAGUGUAACGUCGAAUGAGAACAAGUUUGAAAUCGGCAUGAGCCUGGAAGCAGACGAUCUGAAGAAAUCGGGCAAAGUUUGCGUCGCUUCUGUGACGGAUAAAAUCGACAAUCGUAUACUGGUCCAUUUCGACGGUUGGGACGAACGAUACGACUACUGGGUGGAUAUUCACUCACCGUACAUCCAUCACAUUGAUUGGCACCACGAGAAUGGCUACAAUAUUACUCCGCCACCAGAUUGGAGCAAAGGUGACUUCGAGUGGGCCAAAUACAUUCGGCUGAAGUCACGGCGGAUAGGCAAGGCCAUAAUCCCGGCGGACCAGUCGCUUUUUGCCACGCGACAACCGAUGGAUUUCAAACCGGGCAUGAAGUUGGAGGUGGUGGACCGCAAGAACCAGAUGCUCCUGCGACCGGCAACGGUUGUGGCCACGGAUGGGUACGAAAUCAAGGUGUGCUUCGACGGGUGGCCGAACUUUUACUCGUUCUGGAUCGAGGACGACAGCUCGGACAUCCAUCCGAUGAACUGGUGCAAGAGGACAUAUCACCCUAUUGAAUUUCCUCCAGAUCAUCGACCUGCAUCCAUCAAAAGUACCUGCGAAGUUUCCUACUGCUUGGGGCAAGGCAAUGCCAAAAUUCUGAGCAAAUCGUUCCACACGCGAGAAGUGGAAUGUCCUUACAAGGCCAACAACUGGUUGCUGGAAGAUAGGAAAAAGAUGCGACUAACGCAUGAACAAAUCAUCACCCUGAAGAGCAGCAGUGCUCCACAUGAACCACUGCCCCCGGAGGCGCCCCCAGCGAAGAAAAUUAAAAAGGAACCCGAAGAACCUCUCCCAAUGCAACCGGAGCAACUCCCGGCGUCGAUACCGCCCCUUAGAAACGUCCAACAGACGUCAACCCCCUCGAAUGGCAGCACAGUCCCGCUGGAUCCACUGAUAAAGACGGCCCUUCCGGUGAUAGCCGACUUCGGUCCUCGGUUGAAGCAGUCCUACAAACUGUGGAGGUCCACCAGCCGGAUACUGGACCGCUGCACGGACGGCAUGGCAGAUUACGACCGUAAUCCCCUGUGUUGGUCCGUGGAGGACGUCGCAUCUUACGUGGAACGGUUUCCGGGAUGCUCCAUGGUAGGCAAUCAAAUUCGCGAGGAGCAGGUCAAUGGAAUGGCGUUCCUGAGUAUGACUCAGGAAGAUCUGAUCAAAUACCUUGACGUUAAGCUAGGUCCGGCAAUCAAGCUGUACAACCGGAUAAUACAUCUCAGGUUGCAAGUGGAAAAGCAUUUCAUAAAGUUUUAAGCUAUAUAUAAUAAAAAUUAGUCAUAAACUCUAACACAUGUUCCGUUGGGCAUAUAUAGUUUGUAUGUUUAGCAAUUGCCACCCGUCAUUAAGUAUGGUGGACAAGCUUAUUACAAAACGUAUCCAAAUUUCCAUGUGAAAGUUGGAGAUGUCUCUUGCGAACCAAAAUAAGGCUCAAUUUGGUUUUCGCAAAAUGUAAAUAGUCAGUUUAAAUAUAUUCUUCCUUUUCCCCUGAAUAAAGGAUUAGCAGUAUCUAUAACGAAAUCAAAUUUAAAUAAAUAAUUAUUCCUACAGUUUUUGAAUACAGCAAA